GACAGAGCUACAGAGCACACUCAGAGACGAGCAUCACUAAUUCUCUUUUUUUUGAAGAUACAGAUCUUAUUGCACAGACAUUCACAUGUUCUCCUAAAUAGUUGAUGAGAGAAACCUGGAUAUACACUACAGUAGCAAAGAACAGAGAAAGAGGAAGAUACUUGGAUAUACACUCUACAACUCUUAUUACAGCCAUGCGUCCUAGGUCCAAACUCCUGUCCCAGAAGAGGAGACUACAGCUUCCCACCAUCAGAGAGGGCUUCGAGGACCUAGUCAGAGACAUGAACCAGUUGAAUCAGAUGAACCAGUCCAACACCCUCCACUCUGCCCAGCCUACCGCUCACCCAGGGCCCUGCCCACACACUCUAUCCUCAGAGGACUACCUGCUGUCCAUAUGCCACCUGGCUCACCCCACCUCCCUUCCCACCAAUGACAUCAUCAACCCUCGCCAGCAGGACUCGCUGAACCAGAGGCCAAGGCUGCCGCGGCACACUUGGCAAGAUGAAAACUCUCCAAAGACCACUGCACUUUGUCACAGGGAAAAGGCUCAUGGGAAGGACAGGGUGGAGCCUGGGAUGUACUCUGACCUCAUCACUGUGUGUGGCAGACAGGAGAAAGAUUCCAACUGCAGCAAGCCUGCGUUUGGUAGCCAUGGUGCGUCAGACCCUUUAGAGUUUCUGUACAGCAGCCCCGCCCACUCUACCUGUCAAUCAGGGAAUGGGAGGCAGGGAUUGGGUUUGAGGAGACACUGGGCGGUGUCUGAGGGCCAGUCCUGCCCACGGGCACACAGUUACCCCCGCUCUUGCCCCUCUGACCUCCAGCAGCAACGUAAGAUUAGCUGUCCUAAGUUCAGUGAUACAGCCACCCUUGACUGUGCCCCCUCUCGCUCUUACCUCACCACACAGCCCUCACAGACAUGCACACCUACACAGGGCUCUGCAGAACUGCUACAGGCUAGGAUAAGUAGUCCAUUAAGCAAAGAAAAUGAGGGGGGCGAAGAGAGAGAGAAAGAGAGGAAGGAGGAGAGGGAAAGCGAGAGGGAGAGCUCCACGGUCAAACAUUCCCUGAUCUCUCAGUGGAUGUCAGAUUGUCGCUGUGCCUGGAAGGAGACCCAGCAGCAUUGCAGUUCUUGACACACUCAAUCCAGUGUGCCUGGCACCUACUACCAUACCUCGUUC